GUUGGCGCGUGCAGUAGUAAAAUGGCUGCUGGGAAACGUCAAUACAUUUUAUAUUAAUAAGAGCCUACCUUUGUAAAUAUUCGCGGCGCAAGGAGACAUCGCAAUAAGGGCGCAUGCCGUUCAACUAACAGCCCGACGUUUUCGUGAUCGCGUGUAUGUGAGUGCACGUGCCGGCGAAAUGGCGGAAUUCGUACGCGGCGGGCCCAGCGUGUCCAACAACGCCAAGAUGGAACAUAAUAGCAAAGGUGGAUCUCCCAGUACAGGAAGCGAAGAUGGUGGUCAAAAUGAAUCAUUAAAUCCGGAGAAUGAAUUUGAUCCUUUUCUUGAAAAUAUACCAGAUGACAUACAAGAUACAGAAGAACCUGACAGUGCAAAUGCUACUCUAUUAACAGCACCACCAGAAAAUCAGUGGUAUCAUGGUAGAUUAGAUAGGUUUACAGCAGAGGAAAGACUGUGGGAUGCAACCAAAAUGGGUAGUUAUCUGGUUCGUGAAAGCGAUAGGAAGCCUGGAAGUUAUGUUCUAUCUUAUUUGGGAAGAACUGGAGUAAAUCAUUUUCGAAUUACAGCUGUCUGUGGAGAUUAUUAUAUUGGCGGUCGUCAAUUCAACAGCUUAUCAGAUCUGGUUGCAUAUUAUACUCAUUGUUCGGAUCUGCUAAAGAGAGAAAGACUUGUGUACCCCACACCACCUCCUGAACCAGUAAACGAUAAGAAACGAAUUGUUGCAAUAUUGCCAUAUACGAAGAUGCCAGACACUGACGAAUUGAGCUUUCAAAAAGGAGAUAUAUUUUUUGUGCACAAUGAUAUGGGCGACGGAUGGCUGUGGGUUACUGCUCACAGAACUGGCGAACAGGGUUUAAUAUUUCGAGAAUUGGUGGAGGAUCUUGAUGAUUCAAUAGAUCCUAACACGGUAUUUUCUUGGUUUCAUCCAAAUGUCACCAAAAGCGAGGCGGUGGACAUGUUGGUAAAAGCUGGACCUGGAAGUUUCCUAGUCAGACCAUCGGACAACAGUCCGGGCGAUUACUCACUUUUCUUCCAUAUAAACAAUCAGAUACAAAGAUUCAGGAUCGAAAAAAAAGGAGUACGAUACCUUAUGGGAGGUAGAACUUUUGAAUGUCUUGAUGCUGUAAUUAACAGAUAUCGGAAGGAACAAAUUGUGGAAGGUCAUACUUUGGUUCAAGCGAUGGUAACUGAACCUGACGGUAGUGUAAGGGUAAACAGAGAAGUUCAACAUGCCGAGAAAAUAUACGCGACUUUGAGAGAAUGUCGAGAACAGUCGGGAGCGAAGAAGAACAAGGGGAUUAAGAUGCAAGGAUAUUUGGAAAAGAAAUCUGAAAAGAAUAAGAAAUGGAAAGCAUUAUAUUUUGUGUUGCUAGUGGAUGCCACCGAUACGCAUCUCUAUUUAUAUGACAAUCCUAAGAGAACCAAGCCGAAGGGUCUCAUCGACUUAAGUUGUGCUUACUUAUAUCAGGUCCACGAAAGUGUGUUUGAUAGGCCUCAUUGUUUUCAAUUAGUUGAACGUGCUUUACCGUGUCUGGCCACCAUAACUUAUCUGGCUGCCCCAAACUCCGAGAACGCAUUAGAUUGGAUUAAUGCCUUGAAACCGUUAUGUGUCUCACAACUCGGUCGUGCUCCAAAAGUCCCUCGCCUACGUGAAUUGCGUUCAUUACACCUGCAUAUCCUAGACGCGCAUAGACUUCCGUACAAGCUAGUUCCGAAUCCAUUUAUUAUAGUGGCCCUAAACAAUGUUAAAGUCGCACGCACGAAGGUCAAAACGGGAUUUCCGGGACAUCCACUCUGGGAUGAGGAAUUCAUUUUAGAAGACGUACCGCCAGAUGUUGUGUCUUUCUCCCUGACUCUGUAUAACAAGGGUAAGCGUAGCAAAGAUACCGAAGUUGCGGAAUUAACGGUUGAGUUGUCAAAUUUAACUAACGGAGAAGAAAUGGAUGAUUGGUAUCCUCUGUCGGGCGUCACGCCCAUCGGAGAAUGGGGAGCUUUACGUUUACGCAUACGAUACAGACAUGAUUUAGCUAUGCCUCCCGAAGAGUAUAGCCCUCUUCAGCAGUUAUUACUCGAUCCUGAACUGCAUGUUGUCAAAGCUUUAGCAGACGUGUGUCAUUUAGACAGAGUACCCUUGGCGAAUAGUCUUCUUAGAAUUUUUAGACACGAAAGGAAAGAGGCGGAUCUUUUACGAUCAUUGAAUCAAGCUGAAGUUGAAAAGGAAGACGAAACACCAACAUUGUUUAGAGCUGCCAGUCUUACUACCACUUUAAUGGACUUGUAUAUGAAGUCCGUUUGUACAUCGUUUUUGAAAGCUGCUUUGCGUGAUACGAUUGUGAAAUUGAUCGAAAGUAAACAAAGCUGCGAAUUAAAUCCAACGAAAAUGGAUUCCCCUGAAGAUGCAUGCAGUAACGCGGAAUUUUUACUACAAGUAUUGGAUGAAGUUACAUUGAGUAUUUUUACGAGUCCCGAUGCUUGUCCAAGAACUCUCAGAUAUAUUUGCGGAUGCCUGCAAAGAGCAGUCGUUGCUAAGUGGCCACACGAAAGACUAGUCAGAACUCGGGUUGUCAGUGGAUUUAUAUUCCUACGCCUUCUCUGCCCUGCCAUAUUAAAUCCUAGGUCGUUUAAUCUAAUAGCUGAACCUCCACCGCCAUCUGCUGCGAGAUCAUUAGUUAUGGUGGCAAAAUGUCUGCAAAACUUGGCUAAUUUAGUGGAGUUUGGUGGCAAAGAGCCAUACAUGGAAGUCGUAAAUCCAUUCAUACUCAAAAAUAAAGAGCGAAUGGUAGUAUUUCUUGAUCAGUUGUCUAAUGUUUCUGAGAAACCUGAAUCAGAGGGUACAGAUCCAAGAACCAAAAGCGUAACCGACACCGCAAGAGAUUUAGCGACAUUACAUCACAUUUGUGUUUCACAUCUAAAAGAACUUCAAGUUCUUUCGAAGACACAGCCAACAAUUAAACAACUGGUAACUGUAACUGAAAUGCUAAGCAAACAUAAGCAGAAGUAUAUGGAAAUGAUACGGUAGUGCUAGAGCCAUGAACAAUGCCAAACAAUAAAAUGAUUAAUAAGAUUCGACGACGGAUAACAUCAUAUAGUAGUAUUUAAUAAUUAUGAUUAAGUGAUUAAACGUACAGACUGACGUGCCAUAUAUAUAUAUAUAUUACUGUAUACACUCAAGCCUACAUUUACUAUUUCAUAUGUAAUUAGUAAUUAGUUUAUAUAUAUAUAUAUAUAUAUAUAGUGACAAGUAACAUGACAGUGAUAUAGAUACAUACAGAAUCAUAUAGGCGUAUAACGAUUUUAUAUUUACUUAGGUGCUCGAAAAUAAAUGCAACAUCAAUCGAAA